GUCGCCUCUCUGGCUCGAUCAGAUCUCUUGCCCAUUCUCGAGAUCGAUAUCAUCGACCUUCGAAUCGACCGUGCUUCUUCUUCUUCACCACCGGCAACACACCGACAGUCAAACCCUCUACCUCAAGAGAAAAGUCAAACAACACACGAAAAUGUCCGCCCAGAUUUCCAAGAGGAGAAAGUUCGUUGCCGACGGUGUCUUCCAGGCCGAAUUGGGAGAGUUCUUCACCCGUGAGCUCGCCGAGGAGGGUUACGCUGGUUGUGAGGUCCGAACUACCCACGCCAAGACCGAGAUCAUCAUCCGUGCCACCCACACUCAGGAUGUCCUCGGAGAGAAGGGCAGGAGGAUCAGGGAGUUGACCGCCUUGGUCGCCAAGAGGUUCAAGUUCCCCGAGAACUCUUUGGAGCUCUACGCCGAGAAGGUCAAGCACCGAGGACUCAGUGCCGUCGCUCAGGCCGAGUCUUUGAGGUACAAGCUUUUGGGAGGUUUGGCCAUCAGGCGUGCCUGUUACGGUGUCCUCCGAUUCGUCAUGGAGGCCGGUGCCAAGGGUUGCGAAGUCGUCGUCUCUGGAAAGCUGCGAGCUGCCCGAGCCAAGGCCAUGAAGUUCACCGAUGGAUACAUGGUCCACUCCGGUCAGCCCGCUAGGGACUUCAUCGACCAGGCCGUCAGGCACGUGUUGUUGAGGCAGGGAGUUUUGGGAAUCAAGGUCAAGAUCAUGAAGGCCUACGACCCCACCGGUGAGGCUGGUCCCAGCAGGCCCAUGCCCGACCUUGUCUCCAUCGCCGAGCCCAAGGAGGAGCAGCCCGUCGAGACCCACUCUGAGCACCGAAACGGAUCUCAGCCGGCUCCCGUCUACGAGCAGUCUCAGGAGGCCGCUCCCGAGGCUCAGGCCGAGCAGCCCGCUCAGGAGGAGGCCCCCGCCGCCGCUGCCGGCGGUGACCAGUGGUAGAUAUGUCUGCCACUUGGGAUUGAUGUGGUUGUACGAUCACCUCUUUUGGCUCAGCAGGAGCCGGGGUAAUUUUUUGCGUGUCAAGAUACAAUAGUAAUCAGCCGC